AUGCGCCUUAAUAAAGUCGAUGCCGCUAGGGAUAAAAGUAAGAGUUUCAGGCCAGUUUAUCCAUACUCACAUAAUGAAGAACGGAUAUCUCUUGGUGAUCAAAGUGGAAGCAGUGGUAAUAACAAUGAUGAGAAUUACAUGAAUCAUAAUGAGAAAAUCAGUCAGUGGAUUGAAAGUUUACCAAUUUUUGAAACUAGUAAUUAUGAAUUGAAAUCUUAUUGUUACUAUAGCGAUUUUGCACCAAACUGGGAGGAAGUUAAAUUGGAAGACCAAUUGAGGGAAGAAAUGUCUGCACCUAUGUCCGAUGAGAUAUUGCAUUUAUCAUCUAAUAAAACCCGGUAG